AUGACAUUAUUAACAUUUUUUGGAUGUGCACUAACUGCGUAUGGGCCAGCUCUUAGUAUAUUUUUCUUACAUGUAGCUAGAGAUGCUCAACUUGUAUUAUUGAUGGUGUCUAGUGCAUUUUUCUGGCUAAUUUCAAUAUUUUUGGCUUCAAUAAUUUGGGUUAUAAUUAAACCUCUAAGAGAUAACAACCUUUUCACAAUAUUCUAUAGUGUCUUGUUGCAAGAAUUGUUUCGAUGGUUUUUCUUUAUAAUUCUAAAACGUGCCAAGUAUGGAUUAAAUUUAGUUUCCAAGAAUCCAAAUUCUCCAUACAAUGAGCAUUCGUUUGCUUUUGUAUGUGGAUUAGGAUAUGGAUUAAUAAACGGAUCAAUAACUUAUGUUACACUUUUAGUAUAUUCAAUUGGACCUGGAAUAUUGAUGUGUAAAUCCUGCCCAUUCCUAUCAUUAUAUUUUGUUGGAGCAAUCACAACAUGUCUUUUUAUAUUGUUACAUAUAACUUGGAUGAUGACGGCAUUUGAAGGAUUUAGUAAUCCCAAGAGAAAAUUUUCUUAUAUUUUAUUUACCAUGUUAAGUCAUUUUGGAGCAUCUUAUACGACAUUAUUAAAUGAGUCAACUAUUGAAUUUGGAUGUAUUUAUUCUCUAAUGAUAAAUCUUACUCUCUUAAUUUCUUCAGUUCUAAUAAUGUCAUUAGCAUUGAAGAAAGUAGUCAAAGAGUAA